AUGAGUAAAAAUGAUAAUGAUAAUUUAAAUAAUUUCUUGACAAAUAGAAUAAAUAAAGAAAUAAAACAAGACUUAAAAGCUAAUACAGAAGUGAACAUAAAUAAUAUCAUUAACUUGGAUAGUAAAAGAGAAAAAGAAAAUGAUAUCUUAGAAAUAUAUUCUUCUAUUAAUGGUAAUAAUAAAAAUGAUAUUAAUGAAAAUAAUGAAAAGGAUGAAAAAAGUAACAUAGAUAGUCAAAGCAAUAGUAAUCAGCUAUUUCAUUUGACAGAUGAUGAAAAAAAAAAGAAUACAAAUGACAGUUUAAUAAAUUCAUGUAAGGAAGAAAAUGAAAUUAUCAGUAUUGAAUUAAAUAAAGAAAAAGUAAAUAUAAAAACUUCUCAAGAUAUGUUUAAAAGCAAUAUUAAUUUAAUAAAUGAAAAGUUACAUACAUGUUUAAAACAUAGCACUAACACUUCUUCUACUGCUAAUAUCAAUCAAAAUAAUAACAACGAUAUUUUUAAUAGUACUAGUUACAUUAACAAUAGUAAUAAUGCUAAUGAUGAAAAUAACAAUAAUGAUAAUGAUUCUAAUAGACAAAAUAAUUAUAGUGAUAUCUAUCUUAAUACAUCAAAUAAAAAAAAAAUACAACUGAAUGUAAGUGUUUUAAAAAAUAGUGAAAAUGAAAAUUAUAUGAAUAAUAUCAAUUCCUCUAAUUUUGUUUUAGAUAUAGAUUUAUUAUCUGACAAAAAUGAUAUAACAAAAUUAUAUCAUGAAAAUACAUACAAAAGUAACAAUAAAGAUUUUUCAAAAAUAGUAAAUAGUUUCAAUGAGUUCGAAUCUUAUAAGUUAAAUGAUUCUAAUUCAAAUUUAUACUAUUUGAACAAGGAAGAUAACAGUACAUUUUCUUUUAUUAAUACAAUAAAUAAUUUUAAAAAUGAAUUUGAAAGUAAGAAUAAAAAUAUUUUUGAAUCCGUUAGCAAAAAAGGAUUGAUGCUUAUUUUAACUAUACAAGAAGUUUUUAUAAACAAAACUAAAAAAAUUUUAUGUAACAAGUGCAAUGGUGAACUCUAUUCUUUUAAUAAUAUUAAUAAUGUUUUUAAAGAUAUACUAAAGCUAAAAAUAGAAAAACAAACAAACGAAAUAUAUAUGACUAAUUUUUUACAAAGACUAAAGAAGGAUUUUGUAAAAAACAAUUUGCUUUUGAAAGAAAAAAUAAAUGAAAAAAAUAUGGUUAUAAAUAAUUUAAAUGAAGAAAAAAAAACUUUUAAUGAUAUAAUAAGGAAAUAUGAAGAUAAUAUAAUUAAAAUGAAAAAUGAUCAAGAAUUAAAAAUUUCUCGGUUUAAAAUAAAUAUUCAAAAUAGCCUCUUGAAUUUCACUGAUUUUGUUUUCCAAUUGUUAUUUAAAAUUUAUUCAUUAUUUUGCGAAAAAAAUGAUAAAUUACAAUUUUUAAUAAAUCGAUUAAAGCAUAUACAACUAAGUGAAAAAAAAAUAGAUGAAAAAAAAAAAAAAAAUAAGAUCAGUACUAAUAAUAAUGAUGAUUAUAGUAUUAAAUCAAAAAAAAUAAGGAAAAAAAAUAAAGAAAACUAUACGUCUUCUUCCUCAUGGAAUUCUUCAAAAGAAUUUUUUUCGGAAAAAAGUAAAAGUUCAGAAAAUUCUAGUAUGUAUUUGUCGAAUGAAUUAUGCUAUUCUGAUUUAACACAUAUGAAUACAAAUAAUCUUUUAAACAAAAAGAAAAUAAAUAAAUUUAAAAAUAAAAGAGUAAAAGCAAAAAAUCUCAAUCACAUAUUAAUGAAAAGAAGUGUAUUAAACGAAAAUAAAAUGUAUUCGAAUAGCUCUGAUGUUAAUGAAGAAAGUAAUUUAAAUCAUGUAAAGAAUAUAAACAAAGAUUCUGUUAAAAAAAUAAGUUUUUUACAGAAAACUAAUGCAGAAUUAAUUAAAAAAUUAAAAAAAUAUAAAAAAAAAUAUUUGGAAGAAGUAAAAAAAAACAAAACAUUAAAAUUUCUUCUUACUAAUAAGGAAGAGGAAAUUGAACAAGUCCAAAACAGCUUAAAAAAUGAGUUAGAAAAGAAGGAAAUUUUUUAUGAAAAUAAAGAAAAAAAAAAUAUAAAAGAAAUAAAUGAACUUAGAAGUCUAAUAGAAAAUCAUGAAUUAAGCAAUAAGAAUUUAAUGAACAAAAAUAAAGAGUAUAAUGAAUUAAAUGAUGAUUUAAAAAAAAAAUUAGAUUUCAAAUUAUCUAUUGAGAAAGAAUUAAAUAAUAAAUUAUAUGAAUUUAAUAUUAUAUUUGAAAAAGAAAGAGAAAAAAAUAGCUUUUUAUUAUCAGAAAAUAUAAAAUUAAAAAAUGUAAUUCUUCAAUUUAAUAAUAUUCACAAAUAUUCUAAUGUGGAUUACUUUAAAAAUAAAGAUUUUGUAAAAUACAAUUUUAAUAAUUUAUAUGAAAAUAAUGAACACAAUUUAUACAAUGAUGAGGAAAAUAUUUAUAAAGUCACUUCUAAAGGAUAUUUUAGAAAUAACGAAAAUAAAAAUGUAUAUGAUAAUUUUGAUUAUAAGAAUUAUUACAAAUUAAAUGAAAAAAUUUAUAAAGAAAAUUAUUUAAAUUACCCCAAUAGAAUGUAUGAUGAAAAGGAAAAAAGUAAAAUACGUAAAAGUUCUUUAGUUCAUAAUAAAAAUAAAUAUCAUUAUGAUCACAGGAAAAAAAUGUAUGAUACAUUUUUCAAUAAUAAUUAUGUAGACUAUUAUAAAAAUGAUUAUAAUAACGCUUACAGGAAUUUUAAAUUAUAUUCAUCAUGUUAUAGUGAUAAUUCAGUUGAUGUAAGGAUGAAAAAAAGGAAAAAUAGAUUAAAUUCAAUAGAGAAGAAAAUUGAUAUCAACUAUAAUAACGAAGAAGAAAAGAGAAAAAGAAAAAUUAAAGAGAAAGAACAGGAAAAGGAAAAAGGAAAAAAAAAAGAAAAAGAAAAAGAGAAAAAAAAAAUAGAAAAAGAAACUAUAUCAAAUCAAAUAAAAAAUGAUAUCUUAAAUUUCGAUGAAAACAAUUAUAAGAAAAUAAUAAAUAAUAUAACUAAAGAAGAAAAAGAAAUAGAAAAAAUAAAAGAGGAAGAUUUAUAUUCAAUAUUUAUGCAAAACUGGAAGGAAUCAAAUAUAGAUAAUAAUGAUUACUCAUUAGUUUCAUCUAACUCAUUUAUAAGUAAUUUAAAUGAGAGUGGGGUUUUUAUUAAUAACAAUAGUAAUGAAGUGGAAAACUUAGAAAAUAAUAAAAGUGAGAAUUUGUGUAAAAGUAGGAAUAAAAUAGAAAAAAUGAAUAAGCAGGACAAUGAAAGUACUAAAUUAAAUUAUGGCAUCAAAUGUUCAGAAAAAAAAAGUGAGUAUUUGAAUAAUAAUGCUAACAAUAAAGAUAUAAAUAGAAAUAAUUUUAAAUAUGAAUUAAAUGAGUAUGAAAAUUUUGCAAAGAAUGGUAAUGAAGAAAUAGCCAAUGCAGAUUUAGGAAAUAGUAAUAAAAAUGAAGUUAUAAAGAAAAAAGAUAUAAAUUUUGAAGAAGAAAAAAAUAUUUUUAAUUUAAGAAAUGAAAAUGGUUAUAAUAGAAACAGUAGUAAUAAUCACAUAAAUAAUUUGAAUGAUAAUAUAAAUAAUAAUGAGGAAAAAAAUCAAGCUAUAGAGGAUCAGGAAAAUGAAAUUUUAAUGACUUAUGAAACUUAUAAAAAAAAUAAAGAAAAAUUUAUGUAUGCAACUUUAAAAAUGAAGAGUAAUGAGCAUGAAAAUAAAAAUAAACUUAUGAAAAAUAGAAAAAAUGUAUUAUUAUCUGAUAUUUUAAAUAAAGAGGGAAAUAUUAAUAAUUACAAAAAAGAUGAGGAAAUAGAUAAUGAGAACCUAGAAAAUUUUCAAAACAUAGAAAAUAAUAUUAACGAUUUAAGAGAAAGUACAAUUUAUACUGCUUAUCACAUGAAUCAUUGCAACGAUAUAAGUUUAAAUAACAGUAUUCAUGAAAUAUAUAAAUCUUUAAUACAUGAUUAUGAUAAUAAAAAUUUAAAUUUUUUUCAAACAUCUAAAAGUAUCAUUGAUCCUACUAAAAAAAAUAGUAAUGUAGUAUGUAAUAAUGGUGCAGAUAACAGUAACAAGGAUGAAUUCUGUAACUAUGAAAAUACAACUAAAUUAGAAAAAAAUAAAAUUAAUAAUGUAUUUGAGAAUAAUACAGUUUUUAAAGAAGGUAAUUACACAUUAGAAGAGAAUUUUAAAAAUGAUCUUGCUUUAGUUGAAGAAAACAACAAAGACAAGAUUGAAAAUGAUAAGUGUUGUCAAAAUAAUAUUUUAAAUGAUUUAAAUAAUAAAAAGGAAUUUAAAAAUACGUAUCCUAAAAAACAAAAGUUACAUUCAAUUAAUUAUGAUGUAGAACCAAUUAUUAAUACCAUAGACACUUUAAAUGAUCAAAGUAAUAACUAUUUUAAAAAUUUUCAACAUCCAAGUACCAAAAUAAGUUUUAAAAAUGAAUAUAACAUUGAAGUGAAAAAUAACUCUUUGCAGAAUAAUGAUAGUCAGCAAAACGAAAAAAAUUAUACUAAUACACAUAAUUUUUUAAACAUGGAGCAAAGUAAAGUAUGUGCAACUGCUCAAAAAAAAGAAAUAAGCGAAAAUAAACAAAAAAAAAAAAAUUCUGGAGACAGAGGUGUCUUAAGUAGAAUAUUAAGAAAAAUAUAA